GGACUGGGCGGGGCUUGAGGACUCUAGGGGGAUAUAAAAGAGUCUCAGAGUAGGCAAGCCUCACUUUCCUCACCAACACCAUGGCAUUCCUUUGGCUCUUGUCCUGCUUUGCCCUCGUGGGGGCCACCUUUGGCUGUGGGGUACCUGCCAUCCAACCUGUGCUGACGGGUCUGUCCAGGAUCGUCAAUGGAGAAGAUGCUGUCCCUGGCUCCUGGCCCUGGCAGGUGUCCCUGCAGGACAAGACUGGCUUUCACUUCUGCGGGGGUUCUCUCAUCAGUGAAGACUGGGUAGUCACUGCUGCCCACUGCGGAGUCUCGACAUCUGAUGUGGUGGUGGCCGGAGAGUUUGACCAGGGCUCUGAUGAGGAAAAUAUCCAGGUCCUGAAGAUCGCAAAGGUUUUCAAGAACCCCAAGUUCAACAUAUUCACUGUGCGCAAUGACAUCACCUUGCUGAAGCUGGCCACUCCUGCCCAGUUCUCUGAGACUGUGUCUGCUGUGUGUCUGCCCACUGCUGAUGAUGACUUCCCUGUUGGGCAAGUGUGUGUCACCACUGGCUGGGGCAAGACUAAGUACAACGCCCAAAAGACCCCUGACAAGCUGCAGCAGGCAACCUUGCCCAUUGUGUCCACUGCUGAAUGCAAGGAGUUCUGGGGAUCCAAGAUCACCGACGUGAUGAUCUGUGCCGGCGCCAGCGGUGUCUCCUCCUGCAUGGGUGACUCUGGUGGUCCUCUUGUCUGCCAGAAGGAUGGAGCCUGGACCCUGGCAGGCAUCGUGUCCUGGGGCAGUGGUGUCUGCUCCACCUCCACUCCCGCUGUGUACUCCCGAGUCACAGCCCUCAUGCCCUGGGUUCAGGAGAUCUUGGAAGCCAACUGAGUCCGCGGUUCUUGCCUCCCCCUUUAAACAUCUGCAAUAAAAUCAUCUAAUUAGAA